AAAAAUGUAAAACUUAAUCUUUUUUAUUUCAAAAUAUUUUAGAAGCGAAGCUUCUAUAGACAGUAGACGAGCUCCAAAGAUUAACACAUAUCUUCAAUACAACAGUUAAGAAAUACAAUAUGAUAAUAAAGGCAGAAAAAAACCAAAUGUAUGACAACAUCUAAAUACCCACUACGGUGUAAAAUCCAAAUUGAUGGGAAAAUAUUAAAGCAGGAAGCAAUGUUUAGAUAUCUGGGAAUAGAUAUAACUAGUUACGGAGAUAUUAAAGAAGAAGUACGACAACAAAGCUUAAAAGCAGGUCAAGCGGCAGGUUUUAUUCAUGACACAAUUUGGAAGAACAAACAAAUAAGACAAAACACAAAAACAAGAAUCUAUAAAGCAGCAAUUAGACCUAUAUUAACAUACACGGCGGAGACAAGACCUGACACAUCUAAAACGAAACGACUGCUAGAAACAACAGAGAUGAAAAUACUCGACGAAUAUCAGGAAGAAGUUUGUUGUAUAGGGAGAGAAGCAAAAACAUAA